AUGGAAUUAAUGCAUGCAGAAAGAUUAAUAGGAAAAAUGAAAUAUACUCAGUCAAAAAAGAUAUUUUCUACUUACAAACCUGCUAAAUUUACAUCUCCUGCAUUUAAAAUAUGCGCAAUUCCAAUUACACCACGAUUUGUCAUAGUUUUUGGAAUUGUUAAUGGAGGAUCCAUCUGUUCUCUUUCUGUUGUUAAUGAUUUGAUAAGUACUCCUGCAAACGAAUUCGAUAAUAUUAAUACUUCUGAGUAUAACAAUGCAAGAAAAGUUGCUUUGAAUGAAUAUGGAAAUGCAAGUCAGAAAAUGUUUAAUCAGAGACAAAAAUACUUGGAAAUGAAAAGUAAUUUGAAUCAUUUCGAUUCAUUGGCAAUCAUGAAUCAAAUGAAAAGGAUGUUUUAUCCAAAUUCAAAAUAUAUUUCUUUGACAGAUUUAAUUUUGAAGACGAAAAACAAAGCAUUAUAUCCUUUUGUUCCUUCAACUGAUGAAAAAUCAGUUUCUGCUUACGAAGUAUUUCAUUUCUUGAAAAGAGCUGAUAUUUUACCACAAAAUUUGAUGACUUUUCCUGAUUUUCUAAUGAAAUUCGCUCCUGAAGACGAAAUCCUUGAUAAUUGUGAUUAUUCAAUUGGCUUGACAAACCAUUUAUUACCUGUAAGAACCGAUGGAUAUUACAAAGCAAUUUCCAACAUUGCUUAUUCAUCACAAAAAGUUACUGAAAUUAUUUGUCAAAUAAAUCCUUUGGCGAAUUUGAAUUUGAAAUUAAAUGAUUUCACAAUUUCACAAGCAGCUGAAGGACUUGGAUCAGCAAGUAUCAGUAGGAAAUGGUUGUCAAGAAUACAAAAGGAGGAAUUAUCAAAGAGAAUUGAUCAAUUAGAAAAUUUGGAAGAUUUAGUUAAACAUGAAUUGAUGAAAAGAGUUCAAGAUGGAAUUAAUGAACAGUUAACAGCAUCUUUCCUUGAUAAAAUGCUUCCUGUUCCUCCAAUUGAUCUACGAAUUGUCCAAAAAGACACAGAUCCCAACCAAAUCCAAUUAACUGUCAAACCAAAUCGUAACAUCAUUUUAGAUGACACAUUACACAAAACAAUUUAUGAUACAAAGUCUAAAUAUACUUUGUAUGGAAGAGACAGAGAACAAAGACAGAUCAUUCAUGCAUUGCAUAUUCCAGAAGAAGAGUUUGAUAAAGACUUUACUGAUCAUAUUGCUAUUGUUCAAAAAGUUUCUUUCGCUUCUCGAAAGAUUUCACUUUUGGUGAAUUCAUUUGGAGCGAUUGGUGAUGGAACAACAAGAGUUGUUAUUGGAGAAGGAUCAAGAGCACUUCCUUUAUCACAUUUCCUAAAAGUACAUUCUUUCUUAGGUUCAGAUCCGAGAUCUCUUGGUGUUGCAAACUCGAUUUUAUGCAAGUCAUUGCAAAUCUUGUAUUCUCUCCACAAACUUGGAAUAAUUCUGAGAACAUUUUAUCCAGAAAACAUUUAUUUGAAUGUAGAAACAAGUCAAACAAUGAUUGGAUCAAUCUUUGAUGCACAAUUCAAAGAUACUCCUAUUCUUCCUCUCCCAGAACCCUUCAACCAUCCAUCAAAUCCUUUCCUUCCUCCAGAAUAUUUCCAUGAACCGCUCGAAAAAAUGACAACUGCAUUUGAUGUAUGGCAACUCGGCAUGUUGUUGCUGUAUACAAUCACAGGUUAUCUACCAAAGUCAUAUGGACUUGAAUUACUUGAGCAUUUGGGUGAAGAUGUCAACGAUUACCAGAAAUUCGAGAAGAAUGGACAAUACAGAAGCAGUAGUUUUCAUCGAACUUAUCCAAGAACACAUUUCUUCUAUGAUUGGCUGAAAGAUGCGAAAAUGGUCGGACCAAAUGAGCGAUGCACAGGUGAAAGAGGCGAAUGUUUCAUCAGAAGUGAUGAUUGUAAUCUCAAGAAUCCAACAAUCUUAGAUUUAGAUCAUUAUACACUUCUACCUUACAAAAACUCAAAAAUCAAUUAUGAUGAAUCUAAAUUAUAUUUGUUGAUUAUCGCGAGCUGUUUGCAAACCGAUCCAGCAAAAAGGCCACAAGUUGAAGACUUAUUAAGAACUUAUUGCUUGGGCCAGCCAUCAUCAGGAACAGAAGCUCUCGAUGUCUAUUUGAAAGUUCCGAAUCAAGAUGUUUUUACUUCACAGUUCUUUUAUCCAAUAACAUUUUUGCUCAAAGAAGAAACAUUUUUCUUUACAAUGGGUGUCUUGCAAGCACUGAUGUUCCACGACGAAGAUGAUGAAGAUGACGGACAGUUCGCUUUUCCUCUUGAAAACCAUGCAGCCGAUCGAAUUCUUAAGUCUGUUUUCAACCUCAAAAUUUUAGACAAACUUGUUGAAUUCGCAAUUAAAAGGGUAAUUUCAAGGGUAAAAUUACAAGAUGUUGUUCCAACCAUCACUUUUUCGGAUCAAUACUUUGAGCGCUUAUUAGAGUUCCUUAUGCGCAUUAUCUCGAGUGUUGAGAAAGGUAUCGGACCAUUAGUUCCUUACACUAUGGAAACUGUUUUACAAAUCAUGUCACUUUUUGCAUGUAAUCAUACAAUUCGAUUCAGCUCUUCUAUGAUUUUAAGUGAUUACAAGAGCAUCAGUUUCCUUCUGAAUCAUGAUCAUUCUCCAGCAUUCAUGUAUACGUAUUACAAAGUGCAUGGAAUCCUGAAAUACAUCUUGAGUAGUUCGAUUUCUAUUGCAGGAAGUAUAAAAUUUACUGAUGAACAUUCAGAAUGGUAUUUCAACAAUUUCCUCAAUUUUGGAGAGGCUAAUUACAACAUUUCUCAUGCACUUUGCUACUCAAUUGACAAACAGAAAGGUAACUCCAUCAAAACACUGCAAUCGAUGUGGAAUAAUGGACAAACAACAGCAAUUGCAAGAAUUUUUAAUGAUUUUAGAAUCAUUCAAAAAGUUUUAUGUUGUUUGUAUAUCCACAACGUAAGAGAAGAAGCUUUAUCACUUCUCCAGAGUGUUUUGAGUGUUUCCAAUUCUAAACUUUAUGAUGCAAGCUUUAGAAUCCUUAACUUUGUUGUAAUGAAUCCAAUUUUCAUGCAAAACGUAAAUCACAUGAUGAGAAUUUCUGUUUUGAAUGACAAAGUCAGAGAAAACGCAAUUCAAACAGCCAAAGAAAUGUUCCAUACAAAAUCUCCUUAUUCUUUGAUAUUCUCUGACAUUUUGUUCUCUAUUUUUGAGACAAUAAGAGAACCACUUUUCAAGCAAAUUGUUGAUGAAUAUCUCAAAAAUUCAAAUCCGUUUUUGAUAAAAUUUGUGACAAAAUCGAACUUUUUGUCAAAAAUUUUACGAAACAAUUUCUUGACUUAUAAUUUCGAAAACUCCGAUCAACACUAUGUAGACAUGGCUACAGAUGUAAAUGAGAGUUUAGUUCUUGCAAAGAAUUUCUGCAAUCUUCUUUAUUUGCAGAAUAAUGCUUCAAAAGAUGUUGAUUAUCAAAUUGACAUCAAAGUUAUUUUAUCUUUCUUUUACAAAUCAUUUGGAAUCAUUCAAAGAGAGUCUGAUUCCAUUUCGAAGUAUUUGGAUCAGCAAGUACAUAGAGAGAAUAGAUUUGAUUUGAAAGAAACAACAUUCUUGCAAGAAAAGAACAAACAAAAGGAAUUCCUGAUUUCACAAACACAAAAUUCGAUUUUGGAAAUUUCUGUUGUUUGUUUGGAACUUUACAAACAAAUCGCAAUUUACAUGACAAAUAAUGACAUUUUGAAUGAAGAGUUUUUGGAUGUAAUAUUCCAGAGAUCAAUGGCUAAAUUUGGAACAUCAAGAUUAAGAAUACAUCCAAGCUCUAAAAUGAUUUCUUUCUAUACAGAAAUGAUUUCAUUUUCGUUGACGAAAUUGUCAAAAUCUUCUCCUGUUUUCAAAUAUUUCAAAGCAAAUAUUUUGAGGAUUUUGGACAUUUUCAAUCAUUAUUUCAUGUAUUAUGAAGACUUGGAGUCAAAAAACUUGGUAGAAAGCCAGUUAUCUGAGGUUUAUGUUUAUCACAGAAAACUCAGAUUUAAUUUAUUCAAAACAAUUUUGAUUGAAAGUGAAGAUUUGUCACCUUUUUACAAAUUCAUUGAAAAAAUGUUGAGUAAUCAUUUGAACUUCAAAUUGGAUGGAAUACAAUGUAUCCUCAACAAUAUGAAAUUCUCUAUUAGAAGUGAAGCUUUAGAUAUGAUUGACUAUUUGACGAGAAACAUUGAGAAAUACAAGAGACAAUUUUUCAAAUUGUGUGAAGUUUUUAAUGCGAAUGCGGAAAAGUUUGUUGAGAAUGAAAGAAAGAUGAUGCAAGUUGAUGACAACGUUUUAUUGAUAGAUCAGUCUAUUAAGAUCAUUGAGAUAAUCUUGAACCAUAAUCUUGUCAUUGAAGAUAACGAACUUCGUUCUCUUUUGAUUUCUAUCAGAGCAAGAUAUCAAAGGCAAGUUGAAGAGAGUAAGUUGAAAGAACAAAGGAACGAAAACAGACAAAUCAUUAAGGAAGUGAAACAUAGAUCUUCUUUGGCUUCAACAUCAAGGCUCAAAACUGCAAGAAGAACAAAUAUUUUUGCACCAAACUUGUCAACAAGAAAUAGACCGGCAACAGUUGCUGCAAAAAGAUCUUAUGGAGUUCUCAAAUAA